CUUGACUGGCUUACACCCAUAGACUAUGGGUUAUUACACAGCGACUACUAUAAGAGACUUCAACCCGGAACUGGAAAGUGGUUCCUGGAACAAAAAGAAUUCCAAGAUUGGAUCACGGGUAGCAACGAUACCUUGUUUUGUUACGGUAUUCCCGGAGCAGGCAAAACUAUACUAACCUCACUGAUCAUCAAUCAUCUCUCAUCAAGAUUUCGAGGCAGCACUGACAUUGGUAUAACCUAUGUCUACUUUAACUACAAUAAGCAGGAAGAUCAAACUGCUUGCGAGUCUAUUAAAACAACUUGCUGGAGGUCUGCAUCAUCUACCAGAAAGCACCAAACAGCUGUAUAAUGAGCACUCAAAGAAAAGAACACGCGCGUCACUUGAGGAGAUCAUAACAGAUCUCCCGUGUGUUAUAACGAGUUACUCAGAAGUCUUUUUUAUUCUCGAUGCUUUUGACGAAUGCCGUUUUUUUCGAAUUACAUCUCUUCCUUUCUAGACUCUUCGAGCUUCAAAGGGGAUAUAAAAUAAAGAUUCUGACAACUUCGAGACCUAUUCCAGAAAUUAUGGAUCUGUUCAAUAACUCCAACGUCACCAAGCUACAAAUCCGUGCUGAGACGAGCGAUGUUACGACGUAUAUCGAGGCCCAAAUGGGCAGAUUAUUCAGAGUCACUCGUCGAAAUCCAGUUUUGAGAGAAGAUAUCAAGGCAAAUAUCUCCGAAGCUGUCGAUGGAAUGUUCCUUCUGGCUAAGAUAUAUCUUGAUUUGCUGCAAGACAAGACAACUGUGAACGAUAUACGCAGGCAACUCGCAAUCUUCAAGUCCCGAAACACAGAUAAUAACAGUGAACAAAAGGGGAAAGUACUUGCCUAUGCGUACGAGCAAGCUAUUGAGAGAAUCAGAUAUCAGAAGGAAGGGAUCAGAAACCUCGCAAUGCGAGCUCUGGCAUGGGUUACGCUUGCAAAAAGACAAAUCACCGCAUCAGAGCUUCAGCACGUUCUUGCAACGCAAGGUGGGAUGACCACACUCAGUCACGAUGACUUGCCUGAUCUCUCAGACAUAACUUUAGCUUGUGUUGGACUACUUACUAUUGAUGAACAAAGUCACAUAAUUCGGCUAGAGCACUAUACAGCGCAUGAAUAUCUGGAGAAAACUCAAAAUUCUUGGUUCCCUGGCGCUGAAGAGUCGAUUAUGAGAAGUUGUCUUACAUAUCUAUCAUUCGAAAUCUUCAAGUCCGGGCACUGCCGAUCGGACGAGGCGUUUGAACACAGGAUAGAGACCUUUCCGUUGUUUUAUUAUGCAGCGAAUCACUGGGAAUGCCACCUUUCUCACAAUACCGAAGUCAUUGAAGACGUAAUACUUUUUCUCGAGAGCCAAACCAGUGUUGAGGCAUCGAUGCAAGCGCGAUUCACUGAGAAACAACACCCUUUGCACCAAGGGUAUAGCCAAGACUUUCCCUCAAACAUGACAGGAUUGCACGCAGCUGCAGUCUUAGGCCUCACAGAAGCAACAAAACUGCUCCUUGAACGCGGUCACAGCCCAGAUGCAAUGGACAGUUACAACCAUACCCCCUUAUCAGCGGCCUCUUUCCAUGGAUAUGAAGCUGUAGCUGAGCUGCUGGUCACUGCGGGAGCAAAUCUUGAGUUGAAAGACUUGGAAUUUGAACGCACACCUCUCAUGUGGGCUACUGCAGAAGGAUAUGAGCCUGUGGUCAAGUUGCUCCUUGAGAAAGGAAGUGAUAUUAAUGCACAAGAUUCUGUUGGCCAAACACCGCUAUCUAUCGCUGUACGUUAUGAACAUAAGGCAAUUGUCGAGCUACUUCGUCAGAAUGGUGGCACUAUUGACGCUGAAGACUCCGUCAUCUUUAAACCAGCUUAUCAUGACGGUGAACUCCCUUUGUGGGCAUUGGUUUCGGUUGGUAAAAGCAAGAGUCUAAAUCUGCCUCAAAAUCCCAAAGAGAGUCGCUGUAUUGUGCCUGAGACAGACAGUGAUGUUGAGGAUGACAUGUGCUCGUUGAUAGAGAGCGAUGCUGAUUUGAAUGCGAAAGAUGAUAAUGGCCGCACACGCCUUUCGUAUUGUGCCGAACUUGGCCUACAUAAGUGCAUCCAAUUACUUAUUGGGACGGGCAAGGUCGAUUUAGACUUAGCAGAUGGCGAAACUGCUCGAGAUCAAAGAGAAGAAACGUCAAAUGACGGCCUUAGGAUUAGCCAUCCACCAUAAACAGAAGGAGAUAUUUGAUUUUCUACUACAAAGAGACGCCAACAUACACGUAUCGGAUAGUGAUGGCAAGACGACUCUUUAUUACGCCGCCUGUUGGGGAGAAUUGGUGAUUAUUCGACAAUUGGUGGACAAGGGCAUUG